AUGUUACUGCAGAAUAUAUUAAGAAAACCUAGUUGUGAUAUAAUAAUCAUGAGAAAAAACUCUACCUCAAAAAAUGCAAGAUUAUUAUCGCAAUUCGAAGGAAUUCCCUGCAUGUCAAACGAAAAAAAUGCAACAGAAUCCAGUGCUAAUUUAUCUAAUGAUACAAUUCAUCUCAAUACAGAAAUUCAAACAUUUAUGAAUGAUACUUAUAAUGAAUUUGAAUUUUAUCUUCAAGAUGAUAAAAUUACUAAUUCCAUGGAAAAAUGUCAAAAGGUAUCUACAUACAUAGAUUGGAGAGGGAUGGAUUAUGUUAAUUUGCUAUUAAGUAAAAAACAAAAUUAUAAUAUCUCAUGCCUCGUUGAAGAUUGGAAUAAUAAACAAAAUUCUUUUGAAACACAUAUAAUUAAUGAAACAAGUCCAACAUGUAAUAUUGGAAAGUUUCAUUAUUGUCCUCUUUUAUAUAAAAAUAAUAACUGCACUAGUCCUUAUAAAAAUAGUGAUCUAGCAGUAAGCACAACAUUAACAUACGAUAAACUCAAUGAAAGUACAUAUGAGAUCAAUAAAACUGAAAUUCAAACAUUUAUGAAUGAUACUUAUAAUGAAUUUGAAUUUUAUCUUCAAGAUGAUAAAAUUACUAAUUCCAUGGAAAAAUGUCAAAAGGUAUCUACAUACAUAGAUUGGAGAGGGAUGGAUUAUGUUAAUUUGCUAUUAAGUAAAAAACAAAAUUAUAAUAUCUCAUGCCUCGUUGAAGAUUGGAAUAAUAAACAAAAUUCUUUUGAAACACAUAUAAUUAAUGAAACAAGUCCAACAUGUAAUAUUGGAAAGUUUCAUUAUUGUCCUCUUUUAUAUAAAAAUAAUAACUGCACUAGUCCUUAUAAAAAUAGUGAUCUAGCAGUAAGCACAACAUUAACAUACGAUAAACUCAAUGAAAGUACAUAUGAGAUCAAUAAAACUGAAAUUAUUGAGCAAAGAAGGUCUAAGUUUUACGAUCUUACUUAUGAUAUAUCUAAUUACUAUUUCAAUGCAUAUGAUAAAGAUAGAUCUAAACUUAAUUGUGCAAAGUGGAGUAUGUAUAUAUAUAAGAGAGGGAAGCUAUAUGUUAAUAUGAUGACAUAUGAAAUUAAUUCCGAUGAACCUUAUGUAAGAGAUUCUAUUAAUGUAUGGAAUUCUUUUAGUCAAAGUUUGCAACAAUUUACAUUAGAAGAGACAAAAAAUCGAUGUAAUAUGACAGAAUUAAUUUAUAAAAUUAAAGAGAAAGAAAAAUUAACUAAAUCAUAUGAUUUAUCAUGGGUUACAUUAGAUAACAAUCGUAAUGGAUCUAAUGAAACUUUAGAUGUUAUAACCUCAUUACAACAUAACAUACAAUCUACAAAUGGACCUUUCAAUAUUUCACACGAUGUUGUUACAACAAAUUCAACAAAUAAUAAUACGUUUAGUAGUAUAAAUAAUGAUAAUAUCACUACAAAGACACCUAUAGGGACUACCAUAAAACCAAUAACAGCAGGAGAUCAAAUUACACUAGAAACUACAACCACAGCUUCAGAUGUUACAGCACAAACCAAUUCUUUAAUCUCAGAUACUAAGCCUGAAUAUAAUUUAAAUACAACUAAAUCUUCACCUUCAUAUUCUCCUACAAGUGAUAAUGCAUAUUCUUCAUCAGACAGUACUAUGCCUACAGUUAGUAGUGAGCCUUCCACAGAUAGUACAACCUUUAUCAAAAUUGAUCAUCAACUUUCACCUAAUACAAAUACCACUCAACCUAAUGAAAAUAGUACUAUAUUCCUUUCCGUAAAUAAAUCUGCAUCUAAUAAAAAUAGUUAUACCAGUUCUCCUACAAUUAUAGCUUCAUCAUCUGCAAAUGAUUCUAUAUCUUCAAAUGAUACAACUUCACAUUCUGCCAAAAUCGUUGAACCUUCUAAAAGUUAUGCUACAAUUUCUUUAACUAAUAUUGAAUCUCCUACAGGUGUAUCUUCACCAUCUUCUGAAACUUCACCCUCACCUAAAAUCAUAAACUCUACAACUACCAAUUCAUCUUUUCCAGGUAGCUCUGCAUUCCCCACUUCAUCCACUCAUAAAACUAUCACAUUACCUUCUAAAAAUUAUCAUAAGUCUUCAUCAAAAUCUAACACUACAAAUUCUCUAGUUAGUAUUAAAUCUUCUACAAACAAUACUGGAUCUUCUUUUGCAUCUAACAGUUUAAAUACUACAAUCUCGCCGAAAUCUUUAGCAUCUUCAAUUUUCAACACAUUUCCUAAUAAUGUAACUAAAUCUCCCACAACAAUUAGUAAUAUAUCAUUAUUGGGAACAAACAAUCCCCAACUACAAAACUCGAAAAAUACAACUGUCCCUAUUAUACAAGAUAAGAUAAUUGUACCUUUAGAUAGAACUUAUAAUAGUGCAUUGAAAAAUAAUGUAAGUGUAAAUCCUUCGAGUAUGACUGUUUCAAAUAAUUCUACUACACAAACCUCAACGGAUAACAGUAAUGAAAUUACACCUACAGUUAAUCCUACAGGAAAUGUAUUAAUAACAGUUGUUCCAAUAGGUAUAUUCAUUUUAGGAAUUAUUUUUCUUUUAAUUCUUCUCUGUAGAUACACUCCUAUUGGAUCUUGGAUUCGCAAUCGUAAAUCAAAAAAAAAAAAAACAAGAAAAAAGAUGAAGGAAAUUUCAAAGGAACCUAUACUAAUGUCUUUAAAUGAUAUAGAGAGUGAACCAACAUAUGGUGGAAAAUAUUCGUUAUUGCACCACGAAAAGCAAAUUCCACUAUGUGAGAUUAGUUUUGAACGUGAAAGAAAUUUGAAAUAUAGACAGAUGAAAAAAUCAAAGGAAUGUAAAGAAAUAUACAGGGAAAGUGAAAAUAAACGCGUAUGUGAAGUUGUAGAGGAAGUAUCAAACUACAAAAAUGAAUCUUCAAUAGAAGAAGAAAAAUUAAAUAAAGAUGAUACUAUAAAUGAAAAUGAAGAAGAAGAAUUGAAUGAAAGUAAAUCUGGAAGUAAAAUUAGAAAAGAAAAAUUGAUUAAAAGUGGAUUAAAAAAAAAUGUGGUUCAUGUUGUAGGGUAUACCAGGAAAAACACAUUAAAUGAUGGAGAAACAAAUGAAAUAAAUGUAAAAACUGAAAAAUCUGCAUACGAAAAGGAAUUGAAAAAUUUAGAAAAUAAAAUGUCAAUCAAGAAUGAAGUGUGCAAUUGGAAUACAUGGGCGAAUAUACAUAUUGUAGCAUUACUAGAGUAUAAAAAAGAAGAAUGGGAAUUGUACAGAAAUGAAUUUUUAAAAAUUUGCAUAGAAGAGUUUGAAAGACGAAAAAAAUACUUAUCUAAAAGAAGGGGACAUAAUUUAGUAAAUAUAAGAGAAGGAAAUGUUGUAGUUAUGACGCAAAAAAAUAGCAGUAUUUUUGAGAAAUGGAAAAAAGAAGAAUGGUUCAUUAAUUUGAAAAAAGAGUGGAAGAAAGAAGAAGAAAAACAUUUAGAAUAUUUAGAUGAACAAGAUAUCGAGAACGUAACAGUGGGAGGAAUAUGUAAUCUAAUGCUAGACAAAAAAAAAAAAGCAUGGAGGAAGUGGAUUGAAAAGCAAAGAGAAUAUUCAAAUGAAUAUAAAAAGCAGGAUUGGCUUAAAAAGUUAUUAGAAGAAUAUGAAAAAGAAGUUAUUCAUAAAAAUAUAAAGGAAGGAAAAAUUGAAAAUAUAAGUGUAAAAAAACAAGAGAAAGAAAAAGAUAAUGAAAUAGAUAAAUAUGAAAUGAAGAAAAAAUUGACACAAAAAAUGUUAGUAGAUAUACACAUGAUGGUAUUAGAGGAAUGUGAAAAAGAAGAAUUAGAAAAUGAAAAAGAUGAAUUACUUAAAACAAACACGGAAGGGUUAGAAAUGCUAGAAAAUUUAUGUGAAGAUAUAAAUAUUUUAGAAAAAAUAGGGGAAGAAAGAAGUUGGGAUUCUAUUUUAAAGAAAAAAAAAGAGGAUAUAGAAAAAUGGAAAAGAGAAAAAUGGUUUAUAGAGUUAAUGUUAGAAUGGAAAGAUAACGAAGAGAAAUAUAUAGAAGAAUUAAAUAAAAAAACGUUGGAAACAAAAAAUGAAGAAAGAAUAACAAAUAUUGCUUUAGAAAGGCAGAAAAUUGUAUGGAAAAAACAUUGGGAAGAUAUUUAUAAAAAGUGGAUAGAAAAUGAUAACAAAGAAGAAUGGUUUACAAAAUUGGUUGAUGAAAUUGAAAUUAAAGAGAAUGAAUAUAAAAGUGAAAUUACUAAAAAGAAUAUAGAAAAGAAAAAGGAAAAUGAAGAAGAUGGAGAAAAUAUUAAUUCAAAAAUAGAAAUUAAUAAUAAAAGAAAAGAAAAGAUAAAAAAAUAUGAAAAGACUCAUCUAGAUGAUACAGAUAAAAAGAUUAAUUCUAUAAUAAAGGAAAAAAAAUUAAAAUGGAAGACUAUAAUAGAAAUACACAUGAUUGUAUUAGAGGAAUGUAAAAAAGAAGAGUGGUUAGUAAAUAGAGGAAAAUUUUUAGAAACCUGUUUAGAAGAAUUUAAAAAUGAAGAUAAAGAAAAGUAUCCAAAAAUAAUGGAAAAUUAUUUAGCAAUGAUGAGUAAAGGAGAAGAAGACAUUAGUGCAUUAAUGAUAGAGAGACAAAAACUUCUAUGGAAAAAAUGGGUAGAAAGAAACAAAAGAAUGUCAGAGAAAUGGAAAAAAGAAGAAUGGUUUAUUAAUUUGAAAGAAGAAUGGGGAAAAGAACAAGAAAAAUAUGAUGAAUUAACAAAUGAAUCAGAAAUAGUAGAAAUAGAAGCAGGAAAAAAUCCUAUGCUAGAGAAACAAAAAAGAAUAUGGAAACAAUGGAUAAAAAAACAAAGAAUGUGGUUCAUAGAAAACAGUAAAGAGGAAUGGUUUAAUUAUUUGUUAGACGAAUAUGAAAAAGAAGAAGAAUUUAAGAAAGGAAUAACUAAAAGAGAUAUGAGAAAAGUAAAGGAUAUGAACGAAAAUAUAGAGAAAAUGGAGCAAAAAGAAAAUGAAGAAAUAGAGAAAUGUAGAAAGAAGGAAAAGUUGAUACAAAAGGUGUUUAUAGAUAUUCAUAUGACUGUAUUAGAAGAAUGUAAGAAAGAAGAAUUUGAAAAAGAAAAAGAAGAUUUUUUUAAAACAAUUAUGGAAGAGUUGAGAAUACAAGGAAAUUCAAAUGAGGUUGUUUACAUAUCGGAAAUAAAAAAAAAGAGUAGGAAUAUUAUAUUAGAAAAAGAAAAAGAGGAAAUAGAAGAUUGGAAAAAAAAAAAAUGGUUUAUAGAGUUAAUGUUAGAAAUGAAAAACAAAGAAAAGAGAUACAUAAAAGAAAUAUAUGAAGAAGUGAUAACAAAAAAGAAUCAGGAUAGAAUUAAAAAUCCCAUGUUAGAAAAGCAAAAAACUAUAUGGAAAAAACAUUGGGAAGAUAUCCAUAAAAGGUGGUUAGAAAAAAAUAAUGAAGGAUGUUUUACAACACUAAUUUUUUAA